AUGUGGGAAUUAAGUCUAGCUAUAUUUGGAUUAUUUGGUCUUGCAAGAUCGUGUGAUCCACUUCAUGCUCAAGCACACGGUAUCAACUUGGUGUGUUGCUCACUUAACCACAGCCUGACUCCAAGUUGUGAGUUCUCAUCCCUUUGCCAAGAAACGUGUUCAUGUUUUUUAACGAUUACAAGAGAUUUGGAUUGCAAGUUAGAAUUAUUAGGAAGCGCUAAUGAACCCUACAAAUGGCUCGAUCAUAAACCAAACUCCUUACCAAUGAUUUGUAGACAACCAAAUCUACCUAAUCCUGAUGCACCAUACACCAUUGUUAUUGAAAACUCAAAUGAAAGUCUGACACAUUCAUUCCUUCUUGGUUCAUGCUCCAAAACCGUCACAUCUCUUACAUUUCAACACUAUCACAAAUUAUAUGAUUCAAUUGAUUUUGGAGAAUGCUUUCCAAGAUUGGCAUCGUUCCAAGUAGUAUUAUUGCAGCGAACCAAAGCAAAUUUCCAUGGAUCUUUGCGAAAUCUAAAGAAUUUGAAAGUAUUGUCACUUGUGAAUGUGGAUUUUGACUUUUGGUUGCAACCAUCUCCAUUUAUCAAUACAAUUACAUAUAUUCAUAUUGAAAACUCUUCAAUUACUGAACUACCAAAAUGGUUGUCUACCAGUAAAUCUUUAUCAACAGUUUAUCUCAAAGGAACCUCAAUCUCAUCUCUAACUCCAGUUGCUCAACUUCCAGCCGUGAAAAGUUUGAAAUUAUCUCACAACUUGAUUGAAAACCUUCAUCGACUUCUUUUCGUUUCUCCGUUUUUGAUUCACGUGGAUCUCAGUUAUAACCAGAUAACAUCAUUUGCAUCUCACACUUUCAGUAAAUGCAUUGAUCUCCGUGUACUUGAUCUGACAGGGAAUCCAAUUAAAAUGCUCCCUUACAAGCCAUUUGCAAAGAAUAUAAAAUUGAAAUGGCUCAAGUUAAGCAGAACCAAUAUUACUACGCUAACACCUGAUCAUUUCUAUGGUUUGAAUGCUCUGAAAACUCUUUCACUUUCCCGAAUGCCAAUUCAAUCGAUAUCUCCCUAUUCAUUUGUUCCAUUGAAAUCUCUUCGUUAUCUUGAUAUGGACUCGUGUAAUCUUACAAAAAUACCUCAAGCAGUUACUGCAAACUGUCAUUUGGCACGUUUGAAUGUGGCAAAUAAUAUGUUACAUAGAAGUUCUUCUAUGCCUCCCGAAGUGAUGGCUAUGUUGAGUGGUCUGUCACAACUAAGAAUUGAAGGAAAUCCAUUGACGGAAUUCCCAGCCUCAUUUUUACUCAUCUCUCGUGAAAACUUCCGUCUCCUUCGUCAACUUCUCCACUCAACAAUGACUCUUCCCGUUUGGCUCCGCGAGCCAUGUACUCCAUACUAUUGGUCAAUGCACCUAGCAAAUCGAACCAAUAAUCUAAAGUCAUUUGUAAAUCAAUAUAGUGAGAUGAGAAUGUUAAAAAGCGGACUGGGUUACUGUAAGGAGCAAUAUGACUGGAUGUUGGAACAAAUGGAAGUUUAUAGAGAAUUAGAGAAGAAUUCCGGAUGCUAUUCUCUUCGACGUCUUCGUUCUUCUUUAUCUUCAAAACCUGUCCCAAAAAUUUCGAAAAACUCUACGAAUUCUCUAAUUCUCUCAAUUCCUCAUGAUCUAUCAUCCCCCGCCUUUCAUAUUCCAAUUCUUUUAUUAAUAUCUUUAUGUGCAAACUUUUUGUUACUUUUUUCGAUUCUUAUGUGUUCUAUCAUGGCGUGUCGAAUGGAAAAAGGUGUGGAUAGUGUUUGAACGGAUCGAUUAAUUUUAUUAAAUAGAAUAAAUAAAUGACCUGGUAAA